AUGUCGACUCUCUGCCCGCCGCCAUCUCCAGCUGUUGCCAAAACAGAGAUUGCUUUAAGUGGUGAAUCCCCUUUAUUAGCAGCUACCUUUGCUUACUGGGACAAUAUUCUUGGUCCUAGAGUAAGGCACAUUUGGGCUCCAAAGACAGAGCAGGUACUUCUCAGCGAUGGAGAAAUAACUUUUCUUGCCAACCACACUCUAAAUGGAGAAAUCCUUCGAAAUGCAGAGAGUGGUGCUAUAGAUGUAAAGUUUUUUGUCUUGUCUGAAAAAGGAGUGAUUAUUGUUUCAUUAAUCUUUGAUGGAAACUGGAAUGGGGAUCGGAGCACAUAUGGACUAUCAAUUAUACUUCCACAGACGGAACUUAGUUUCUACCUCCCACUUCACAGAGUGUGUGUUGAUAGAUUAACACACAUUAUCCGGAAAGGAAGGAUAUGGAUGCAUAAGAUAGCUGAUACAGUACUCAAUGAUGAUGAUAUUGGUGACAGUUGUCAUGAAGGCUUUCUUCUCAAUGCCAUCAGCUCACACUUGCAAACUUGUGGCUGUUCUGUUGUCGUAGGUAGCAGUGCAGAGAAAGUAAAUAAGUUUCCUUCUUCUGUAGUUUGGCACCUUCAACACCGAAGGUGCUGUGUAAGUAGAAUGGGAACAAGCAGUGCAUUAACGUGGUUCAUCUUCAUGCAGGUCUUUCAGUUGCAACCCGGUUUAUCUCUCAGGAGUACUUUCCUUGCACAGUUCCUGCUCGUCCUUCAUAGAAAAGCCUUGACACUAAUAAAAUACAUAGAAGAUGAUACGCAGAAGGGAAAAAAGCCCUUUAAAUCUCUUCGGAACCUGAAGAUAGACCUUGAUUUAACAGCAGAGGGCGAUCUUAACAUAAUAAUGGCUCUAGCUGAGAAAAUUAAACCAGGCCUACACUCUUUUAUCUUUGGAAGACCUUUCUACACUAGUGUGCAAGAACGAGAUGUUCUAAUGACUUUUUAAAUGUGUGACUGGACAAGUACACUUCAUCACAAUCAUGAUUGCUGCUAAAGUAGCUCAGUGGUUUGGGGUAAACAUCACUUCCCCAGGUCUUGCCGCCAGAGUCCUAGUCAGCAAUUGCAGUUAAAGUUAGUUACACUACAGUCGUCACGAGAGUCUGUAAGGGGGUGUCAAGUGCAUCAUUACAUUGGAUGUCUCUUUUCCUAAAUUUACUCUCUUGGGAUACAGACUUAUGUUUACAAUUAUAAUAAAUAUUCUUGCUAUCUUUUAAAGAUAUACUAAUAGGAUAUAAACUUGACCACAACUACUGUUUUUUGAAAUUUACGAUUCAUAGUUUACAUGUAUCAAAGUGAAAUCUGAGUUACCUUUCACAGAUUUAAUACUGGUUGACCUCCCGUCUUUGGGUGUUCCUGGGUGCGUGGGAUUACUGUAAUACUUCUGCAAUCAGCUGAAAAUUAGAGCAUUUAAAUCAUUUCGGUUCUGCAGAAAGGAAGUUAGCUUGAACACAGGUUAAGCU